AUGGUGGACCAAGAACCGACCAAUCGCGGUGCAUGGCUCUCCGCUUUCAAUACUCCCCUGGAGAUAGUCGAUUUGCCCAUACCAAAGGCAACAAGCGGCAGCGCUGUCGUUCAAAUCCUGGCUACGCGGGUCGUGCCAUACCUAGGUCGAAUCCACAGGGGAGAGGUCAAACCAACAAAUCUUAUGCUACCUCUUAUUCCAAAUGCCAAUUGUGUGGGAAGGGUAAUUAUGGAUGGCCCUGACGCUGUUUUGAUCAAGCUUGGAGACAUUGUUUGGUGUGAGAGCACGAUUCAUGGGCGUGAUGACCCUUCAGUACAAAUUGUGCAAGGUCACCUUGGAGGGGAAGGCGAUCGAGGUCGAAAAUUGAUGCAGGGAGAAUGGCGGGACGGUUCUUUCCAAAGGUACCAGAAGGUGCCGCUUGAGAGUUGCAAUCUCCUUGAUACGGAUCACCUGAAACAACUUGGCUACACGUUGCCCGAACUCACAUGUCUUCCACUUUAUAUUAUUGCUGCAGGCGCUAUCAUCGAAGUGGCACAAGUCAAAACAGGUGAUGUUCUCGUAAUGGGCCCAGCAACUGGUUCAUUCGGUAGUGUUGCGGUCCAAUUAGCUCUUCUAGCAGGUGCGAGUGUUAUUGCUCUGGGUCGUCGGCAAGAUACACAGAAUGAAUUAAAAGAACUUCUUGACAAUCCAGAUAACCUUCAGACGCUCGUUAUGACGGGAGAUAAGGAGGCGGAUGCAGCUGCUAUCUGUAAACUUACACCAGGUCAACUCGGGUGCGAUAUCUACAACGACUGGACCCCAGGGUGGCUCGAGACAUCUCCUUACCUUUCGACUUCUCUGAAAGUUUUGAAAAAUCAUGGGAGAGUUAUCUUGAGCGGAGCUGCGUAUGGCGAGGUUCGAGUACCAUAUGCCGAGUCUAUUCAUCUUAAUCGCUCGUUCAUCGUAAGAUGGACUGCAAGCCGAGAAAUAAUUGAACGUGUUUUGAGUAUGUUACAUCAAGGUACAUUGAAAAUUGGGAAGUCAGUAGGUGCACAAGUCGCCACAUUUCCCUUGGAGCUAGUCGAAGAUGGCAAAGAAUGGGCAGAAAAGCACGGCGGGUUCAAAAAAUACGCUAUCAUCUUACCUCGCUGUCCAGUCCAGUCGCGAUGA